UUUUUAGCGGCUUGUUGUUUUUAUAUUUAUUAUUUCUAUCACAAACACCAAACAAUUUUCGUGUAAACGUGUAAUAACAAAAUUAAGUAAAUCUUUAUAAAAUAAUUUAUUUAUAAGAAAAACUUAACAAUAAAAUUGCCAUAAAAAAUGUCUAAAAAUGACGAUAAAGAUAUAAAAGUACCCAUUGUUGACAAAGAACUUGAUCUCUCAAAUGCUGGACGUGGUGUCUGGCUGGUGAAAGUACCUAAAUAUAUAGCACAAAAAUGGGAAAAAGCACCCUCCAAUAUGGAUGUGGGUAAGCUAAGAAUUAGCAAGACGCCCGGUCAAAAGGCUCAAGUCUCAUUGAGCCUAACACAGGCUGUGGUGAAAUUAGAUCCCGAAGAAGAGAUUCCCACCGAACACAUACUCGAUGUUUCGGUUGUGACGAAACAGACUUUGGGUGUUUUUUCACAUAUGGGACCACCAACCAGCACGUCUGGUAAAGAAAGUAAAGAUACUUCAUCUUCACAAACGCAAGAUGCCGAAAAACUUUAUAUGGAGGGAAGAAUUGUACAAAAAUUAGAAUGUCGUCCUAUAGCCGAUAAUUGUUAUAUGAAAUUGAAAUUGGAAUCGAUACGUAAGGCAUCGGUGCCACAGCGUAAAGUGCAACCUAUCGAUAAAAUUGUGCAAAACUUUAAGCCCGUCAAAGAUCAUGCACAUAAUAUCGAAUACCGUGAACGCAAAAAAGCCGAAGGUAAAAAGGCCCGUGACGAUAAAAACGCUGUCAUGGAUAUGCUGUUCAAUGCAUUCGAAAAACAUCAAUACUACAACAUUAAGGAUUUGGUUAAAAUCACUAAACAACCAAUUGGCUACUUGAAAGAGAUUCUCAAAGAAGUAUGCGAUUAUAAUAUGAAAAAUCCCCAUAAAAAUAUGUGGGAAUUAAAGAAAGAAUAUCGUCAUUAUAAAUCUGACGAGAAAAAAGACGAUGAGAAGUCACCAUCAGAUAGUGAUAGUGAAUAACAAUAAAUUUAAUAUUAGAUGUUUUAACUUAAAAAAAAAGAAUAUAUAGAAAGACUAGAAACUUAAUUAAAAUAAAAAAGAAUAUUAAACAAAAAA